CGCCCACUCUUCUUCUCCAUUGACCACUCCGCCGCCGGCAUCCACCGGACCUCCACUCGUUCGCCGCUCGCCGUCCCCCGCGGCAGUCUCGUCGCUCCUCUGAUUUCCGGCCAUCUGGCCUCCCUCCGGUUGCUGCCACCGGGUCCAACGCGCACCGCGCGCGGUCGCCCCGUUCCACUCCUCCCCGCCCACAUCCCGAGCGCCGGCGCCGCCGCCCCUUGCUGCCCGGCCCCGUCGCAGCAACCGCCGUACUGGUGGAGGCAAACCGACUGCUCUACCCCUUCCCCCCGCGGCGACGCCUUCUGCCGGCCCCAAGCCGCCGCCGCGCACCUGGGCCCCUCCCUUCCUGUCCGGCGGCCGGAGCCCUCUCCUCGACGCCGGGGCACCAAAUUCGUGUUCCCGCCACCACCACCCCCAUGUCGCUCACCACAGCUUCCUUCGCCGCGCCCCCUUGCUCCUCCUCCUCCUCCUGCCCGGUGCUACCCAGAUGGCCGUGCCGGCUGCACAGGCCGGCGAGGGUCUGCCGCCGCCUGGCGGUGCGGGCGGACGUCAAGGUGAUAUCCACCGGCGACGCUUGCCGCCGCGGGCUCGCCGCCGGCAUCCACAAGCUCGCUGAUGCCGUCUCCGUCACUCUCGGCCCCAAAGGGAGGAAUGUUGUUAUUGACCAAGAUGAUGUUCCUAAAGUAAUUAAUGACGGUGUCACAAUUGCCAAGGCUAUAGAACUUCCGAAUUCACUUGAGCAUGCAGGGGCCAUGCUACUUCAAGAGAUAGCAGCCAAGACAAACAGUAGUGUUGGGGAUGGAACCACGACAGCGAUUAUUUUGGCCCGAGAAAUCAUCAGCCUUGGCUUAUUGGCCGUUGCCAACGGUGCUAACCCAGUUGCUUUGAGAAAGGGCAUUGACAAAGCUGUUCAUGAACUGCUUGGGAUCUUGAAGACAAAAUCUAUCCCCGUGAGUACAAAGGAGGACAUAAAAGCUGUAGCUUCAAUAUCAGCUGGCAAUGAUGAAUAUGUUGGCGAUCUCAUUGCUGAUGCAUUGGAGAAGAUAGGUCCUGAUGGAAUAAUCAAAAUCGAGUCUUCAUCUUCCAUAUAUACUUCAGUUGAGGUGCAGGAAGGAAUGAAGAUAGACAAGGGUUACACCUCACCUCAUUUCAUCACAAAUCCAGACAAAGCAAUUGUUGAAUUUGAAAAUGCUAGAGUGCUUUUAACGGAUCAACGGGUGAAUGAAAUCCAAGACAUACUUCCUUUGCUGGAGAAGACCACACAGUUGAGUGUCCCUUUGUUGAUUAUUGCCGAGGAUAUCUCGCAUUCGGUGUACUCGACUCUGGUUCUUAACAAACUGAAUGGUUUGCUAAAUGUCGCGGUUGUCAAAUGUCCCGGUUUGGGAGAUGAAAAGAAGGCUAUUCUCCAAGAUAUUGCCAUUAUGACAGGUGCAGAUUUCUUUGUUAGUGACCUUGGUUGGGGUCUUCAAGCAAUUACAUCUGAUCAGCUGGGUAUGGCUCAAAAGAUCACUAUCACAAGUGAAUCUACAACUAUAAUUGCACAUCCCUCUAUGCGACCAGAGAUUGAGGCUAGGAUUAUGCAACUAAAGAAAGAUCUAGAGGAGACAACAAGUGCCUAUCUGAAAGAAAGGUUUUCUGCAAGAAUUGCUAAACUCUCACGAGGUGUAGCAGUUAUCAAGGUGGGGGCAGCCACUGAAGCUGAACUUGAGGACAGAAAGCUGAGAGUGGAGGACGCGAAGAAUGCAACUUUUGCAGCCAUCAGCGAAGGCAUCACACCUGGUGGUGGUGUAACAUAUGUUGAACUAUCAAAGCAUAUUCCCAGUAUUAUGGAUCUCGUGGAUGACCCGGAAGAGAAGAUUGGUGUAAAUAUUGUGGGGAAGGCUCUCCUUGUCCCUGCUAUGACAAUAGCUCGCAAUGCUGGUGCAGAUGGUUCAGCUGUCGUAGAGAAGAUUCUUGAAAGCGAGUGGCGAGUCGGGUACAAUGCGAUGACCGACAAGUUCGAAGACCUUGUUGAGGCCGGCGUGGUCGAUCCGUGCCGGGUUGCAAGAUGCGUGCUCCAGAACUCCGCUUCUAUCGCAGGGCUAAUUCUAAUGACCCAAGCAAUGAUGUUUGAUAAGAUAAAGAAGAAAAAGUCGCCCAUUCCUGAAAUUCCAGGCCUCCCGCCAUUGCAGAUAAAUCAAAAUGCUUAGGUCUGAGCAGUUCUUACCCUAUUAUCAAAGAAUUGCAGAUAAAUCGAAAUGCCUAGGUCCGAGCAAUUCUUAUCCUAUUAUGAAAGAAGGUUCCAUAAAUGUCAAGAUCACUUUGCUCCAAGCUAAGAACAGAGUGGACCCGUCAAGGAUAGCUCUUCUCAUGAUUGUGUACAGCAGUGAAUGGGUUCAGGAGGUUAGUCGGGGAUGGGGGUAGGUGGGUACCAUUGAUGUCAACUGUAGCCAGGCUUGCUCUGUUCUCUUUUUUAGUACUGUUAGGUUUAGUAUUUUCAUCACCUCUCUUUGUAGUGGUGCAGAUUCUCCACAAAAAGAAAAGAUAUUGGGUGCAGUAUUCUCAUACGUGCACAAUAUUUUUGUAGCAUGUAACAUAGUAUCCAUGCACAAUAUUUUUGAUACAAAGUGAAAGUGGUAAAAUUAAA